UUACAGCUUCUGUUUACUGAGGAACUGCCCCUUGCUUCGUAGAAGCAUUUUCCCCCUAAAAAGCAAACCUGUCUGUUCGUCAAACAGUAUCUGUGUUGUUAAUUGAGGCUGGGAUCUUGGAUGGAGUGAGCGUUGCGCCCCAGUGAGAUGACUGACCAGGGCAACAACAACCAGAACAUCUCCUGCAACCCCUUUGCUGCCCUUUUCAGCUCGCUGGCUGAUGCCAAACAGUUUGCAUCUGGCCAGAAACCACAACAGCAGUCUACUCAACCCCCAUUGGAGGACUCAGGAGAGAGUCAUUCAGAGUCAGAAAACUCUGUGUCAGACAGUGUUGAUGACAAUGACGACUCGGUUGCAGAGAUCAGCCGCUCCUUCCGGUCCCGGCAGGAGCUGUGUGAGCAACUCAAUGUCAAUCACAUGAUCCAGAGAAUAUUUCUCAUCACUCUUGACAACAGUGACCCCAGUUUGAGAGGAGAUAACGGGAUCCCUCCUCGCUGUGUUUACUUAGAGGAAAUGGCUGCAGAUCUGGAUGGACAGGACUGGCUGGACAUGGACAACAUUGAGCAGGCUCUGUUUAACCGCCUGCUGCUUUUAGAGCCAGGAAACCAACUCAUCUACAUGACAUCAUGCAGCGCAGUGAACCUGUCUGCUGACCGUGAUGCUGGAGAGAAAUGUGCCAUUCCUUACCUUUUCGCUUGUUACCAGAGGGCAAAAGAAGAAGUGAAGAAGGUGCCUGAGAAGUUACUUUCAUUUGCUCUUCGCUGCAAGAACCUGACUGUUUCUAACACGCGAACAGUCCUUCUCACCCCAGAAAUCUACAUCAGCCAGAAUGUUUAUGAGCAGCUUCUGGACCUGCUACUGGAAGGUUUCAGGGGAGCACAGCCAGAGGAGGUGGUUGAGUUUGUGGAGGAGGUCAUUGCUGGCCUUCUCUCUGACCAGGAGGUGCGUACCUUUGAGGAGGUGAUAGUUCCCGUAUUCGAUAUCUUCCAGGGACGCUUCAAAGACUUGGACCUGUGCCAGCCUCUCCUCUACUUCUAUCUAGAUGUUCUCCUCUAUUUCAGCCAGCAUAAAGAUAUUGCCAAGGUGUUGGUAGAGCACAUACAGCCCAAAGACCCAGCUAAUGGUUUGCAGUUUCAGAAGACCCUCCUGGGGACUGUAUUAAAUAUAUCUUGCUUACUGAAAACCCCAGGUGUGGUAGAGGGACAUGGCUACUUCCUGAACCCCUCCCGCUCCAGUGCCCAAGAAACAAAGGUCCAAGAGGCCAACAUCCACCAGUUCAUGGGUCAAUUUCAUGAUAAGCUUCACCUGAUCUUGAAAAGCUUGCUGCAGCGAUCUGGUGAGACCCGCCACCUGCUCCUCACAUGGUUGGGCAACUGUCUGCAGGCUAAUGCUGGACGGGCAAAGAUCUGGGCCAAUCAGAUGCCAGAAAUUUUUUUCCAGAUGUAUGCUUCAGAUGCAUUUCUCCUAAAUCUGGGUGCAGCUCUUCUAAAGCUGUGCCAACCAUUCUGCAAGCCACAUUCACCCAAAUUGCUCACCUUUAACCCUACUUACUGUGCACUCAAAGAGAUGAGCGAAGAGGAGAGGCGUAACCGCAAUGUCCAUGCAAGAGGUCUCGAAAAGGAAACCUGCCUGAUCCCUGUACCCCCCCAGCAGCAGCAGCUGGAAUCUGCACAGUCUUACAGCCUGCUGACUGAAAACCUCAUCUUCACACAGCUCACCAUGCAUCUCGGCUUCCACAGACUCCAUGAGCAGAUGGUCAAGAUGAACCAGUCUCUUCACCGACUUCAGGUGACAUGGCAGGAGGCCCAGCGAGCAAGCAACCCAAUGUCAGAGCAGCUCCUGGAGCAGUUUGAGCGUCUGAUGAUUGUUUAUCUGUCAACCAAAGCUGCCACCACACAGCCUGCCAUGCUGCAAUGCUGCCUUAACCUCCAAGCAUCCACUGCUGCUCUGCUUGUUCAGCUUAGUAUGGGAAACCAGGGACCUGAACAUGUAGCACUUGAUUUUCCCCUUUCUUCCCUGCAGAAUACUGUGCUCUGCUAUGUACCAGAGUUCUUUGCAGAAAACUUGGGAGACUUUUUCAUCUUCCUGCGACGGUUUGCAGACGACAUCCUGGAGACUUCUGCAGAAAAUCUGGAGCAGAUUCUUAAUUUCAUUACUGUCUUCAUGGGUAAUGUAGAAAGAAUGAAGAACCCUCACUUAAGAGCAAAGCUUGCAGAGGUGCUGGAGGCAGUGAUGCCCCACAUGGAGCCACUGGCUCCUGGUGCUGCUCAACCAAUCGUGUUCCAGAGGGAGAGGGUCUUCUGCUCCUACAGACAUGCACCUCAGCUGGCUGAAGCCCUCAUCACUGUGUUUGUUGACAUUGAGUUCACAGGAGAUCCUCAUCAGUUUGAACAGAAGUUCAACUACAGAAGACCCAUGUAUCCAAUUCUCAAGUAUAUGUGGAGCAAAGACAACUAUAGAGAAAGCAUUAAGCAUUUGGCGAACUAUGCAUCUGAGAACCUGGAGGCCAUGAACCCCCCUCUGUUCCUCAGGUUCCUCAACUUGCUGAUGAACGAUGCCAUCUUUUUAUUGGAUGAGGCUAUUCAGUACCUGAGUAAAAUCAAAGUUCUGCAGCUGGAGCGGGAUCGAGGGGAGUGGGAGGGCCUGGCCCCUGAUGCCCGGAGAGAGAAGGAGUCAAGCCUGCAGAUGUUUGGACAGCUGGGACGCUUCCACAACAUCAUGUCCAACGAGACCAUCGGCACUCUAGCCUUCCUCACCUCAGAGAUUAAGGGCAUCUUUGUGCAUCCCUUCCUGGCUGAGAGGAUCAUCUCCAUGCUGAACGACUUUCUGCAGCACCUGGUGGGUCCUAAGAUGGGAGCUCUCAAAGUCAAGGACUUCAGUGAGUUUGACUUCAAGCCGCAGCAGCUUGUUUCUGACAUCUGCACAAUCUACCUAAACCUCGGUGAUGAGGAGAAUUUCUGUGCUACAGUCCCAAAAGAUGGACGAUCGUAUUCUCCUACUCUGUUCACACAGACACUUCGCGUACUAAAGAAAAUCAAUAAGCCUGGUGACAUGAUUGUGGCUUUUGGUCUUCUUGCGGAUAAAAUAAAGUCUCAUGCAGACAGGCAGCAACAGGAAGAAGAGACAUACGCAGAGGCUCCAGACGAGUUCUUGGACCCCAUCAUGUCCACGCUAAUGCUGGAUCCUGUUCUUCUCCCUUCUUCCAAUGUAACAGUAGACCGCUCAACUAUAGCAAGACACCUCCUCAGUGACCAGACAGACCCUUUCAACCGCAGUCCUUUAACCAUGGACCAGAUCAGGCCAAACGAGGAACUCAAACAGCAGAUCUUACAGUGGUUAGAAAAGCAUAAGCAAGAGAGGCUGCAACUGGGGCCCAGUGGCUAGUCCUGACCUCUCACUCACUACGUUUACAUGGAUCACUUUUGAUCCGAUCGAACGUCCAGUCCGAAUAAAAAUGCAUCAUGUAAACAUGUCAGCUGGUCUGAUCAGCUGACAUCGAUUGAAAAGAAUUUUCAAUCCAAUUGAGAGGGGUGGUUUAAACCUUUUCACGAUUGGAUCGGCAGGAAAAAUUGUUUCUGUGUGCAUGAAUUACAUGGGGGUUACGUGGCGUAGUAUUUGUCCAUGUAAACGUAGCUACUGUUUUUCACAGUAGCUACGUGCCUACUAGUGCGUGUGUCUGUGUGUGUGUAUACAUAUAUAUAUAUAUAUAUAUAUAUAUAUAUGUAUAUAUAUAUAUAUAUAUGUAUGUAUAUAUAUACAUAUAUAUAUAUAUAACCUCCAUGUGGUUCAAAUAUGCCCAUAGACAAAAUAACACCACAGAAACAAUCAGAAAAGUGUAUAUAUGAUUAUUUUUUCCUGCUGAAACGAUCAUGAAAAGGUUUAAAUGACUCCACUAGAUGAGAUAAAAAAUACUUUCCAAUCGAAACCAAUCGGAUCAGCUGACAUGUUUACGUGACGCAUUUUUAUUCUGACUGGAUGUUCUAUCGGAUCAAAAGUUCUCUGUGUAAUCAUAGCUAAUGACUCUUUUUGCAUAGUUCUUUUCUUUCCUGGCCCACAUGCUCCUUUGCUUCAUGGCAAAUCCAUGGUGUGAUUUCCUCUGUGGAUUUGUUGUCCAACAGACAUUGCAUUAGCCUUUUCAUGCAGCCUUCGUGGUAAUGGAUCACCUCUGCAGCAACGAUUCAGGCAAACUAUAGGCCACCUGCUGGUGAAAACUUCAAAAUCAAUACAGCUUUGAUCCCAUGAUCUCCUAUUGUGAACACUAGCAGAAUAAUGCAGGCUCUGCUUCUGUAGUUAUUACAGUCCGAUCUGUGGUCAGAAAUAUCAGUUCAGUAUGAACGUCUGACUGUCCGGCUAACUCAAACAAGAUUUUAUAAUGCAAGGUAAGUGUUUUUGGGAACUCACAAGUCAGGACAUGGAUGGAGUUGUUUAUAACUGAAACCUGAAUUCACCUUUGUAAAGAAUAUAUCAUACACUGCCUUUCAAAGUUUCCUAACACCCUAUAUGUUUGCACUACGGUUAAAUCUAGACCAGCAUGCUCAUUAUAAUAAAAUGAAAAAAUAAAACUGAGGUCAGUAAAAACUGGA